AUAGUGCCCUGGUUUGACACCUCUACGGCGUCUAGUCCGCGUUAAUUUUGUUGAAUGAAAAGAAAUUUUGGUGGAAAAAUACAAGAAGAGGACCGCUAAACAGCUCAAAUCUCUUGCAGAGGAGGGAACGGGAACGCGACGCAACGCUCAAACAGAUUAUGGAGUUGUUCGACAUGGUUAAGGCAACUCCGCCGCCACAACGGGUUCGCGAGGGCUCAAGGAACUCAAGAGGUGCCUCCCAACUGCCUGAGACACCAUCGACGAAGACUGCCGCCACAGCCGCCGCAGCUGCCACAGCCACCGCAGCUGCCACAGCCACCGCCGCUGCUUCUUCGUCGCGUCAUUUGGAAACCGCCGAGGAUGAUCCCGUGGAGCCAUGCAAACGUUUGGUCGUCCGCAUAAAGCGCACCGUUUCCCGGGAACUAACAAAAGAUGCGGCCGAAGACAAAGAACCAAUGGGCAAGGAUCAAGCUCAGGAAAGUGCUGAUGAUAAGAACGAUGGUGUUGAGGACCAUGAGGGGGACAAUGAAUUGGACGAUUCGAUACAGUUGUCAAUUCCGCCCAAAACCAAGGCCCAACAAAAGAUGUUUGCCGAUCUCCCCCGCCCAACGUCCAGCCAGCUGACCAAGCCUCUGUUGGUGCGCAUCAAGCGUAUGACAACAGCAGAAAUUGAGAGCUACACCGCAUCAUCCCCAUACCCAUCCAAGGACACAUCCACAGCAACACUGCAACUCCCAGCUACACCGAUGUCCGGGCCACGCAAGCGCGGUCGCCCCAAGAAGGUCCUUAAUGCCAGCUGCUCGACCACAGAGGCGUCCCCAUCGCCGCCAAAGAAGACCAAAGUGCACAUCAAGGUACCCUUGGCGCAUAAUAGUGGCAAAAAUCGUGGAACCCAGCAUACGCCUGCAGCACCGAGGACCAAGCAGAGGCCGAGCACAAGCAAAGCGGUGACGCUACCCAUCCAGGAGCUAAUCAAUCGCUAUGGCGCCCGAUUCUUCCACUGUAGGGUAAAGAUUAAGCGUAUCAAGAUACCGGACACACAACCCAAGGCAACUGCGUGGCCAACAGUGUGCAAGGCCAAGAAGACGCUGAAGAGCCCCACCAAGGGGCGACCGCGAAAGUCAAAUCUGUCGGUGUCCUUCAGCGAAUCCGUGGAGAUUUUGGGCAGCAGCGAAAGCAGCAGCCCGCGUCGCUCCACGCUGGGCUUGUCCAUUAAGCGCAGGGGCUCGCCGAAACCCACGCGCCUACAGCGUGUGGAUGCGACUGGCAACGUGCUGGAGGAUAUUGUCCUCGCCACCCCAACCGGCACGGACAAGCGCCGCUCCUGCAACGGUGGCUCUUCGGAGAGUCGCAAGCUCAAGAGGUCCCCCUCGAGUGUACCGGUCGUGGGACUGGCCAGCCUGCGUCUCGACGAUGAUCGAAAGCCCGAGAACGAUGAUGAAGAUGAGGAGUAUAUCGUGCCCAACGACCUGCCGCGCGCCCAAAGAGAUGGCACUCCGGUACCCAAGAAGCGGAAGAAGAUCUCCGUGACGACGACCAUCAGCGACAGUGAGACGGAGCAGGAGCCGAAGGGGCAGCAGGACAAAAAGGAACAAAAGGAGGAGCCGAAGAAAGACGCCUUUCAGAGUGUACAGACCCUCAUUGAAAAGUUUGAAGAAAUGGCCAAAAUACCAGACAUAUUAACCGAAACGGCGAAGCCACAGGAAACAGAGGCGGAGAUGGCAACGAAAACGGAGAUGGAGAAGACGUUGGCCGAAAAAUGCAACAGCGACACAGAUAAAGAUAUGGCCCCAGGAGAGGCAGACAAAGAUAAAAUCGUGGGAGCAGAGGAGACCAUCGCGAAUGAAAAGAAAGUAGUCGAAGGAGAAGAGCAGCCGGUCGCAAAUGCAGUAGAGGACCGCAAAGAAAAAGAAACGAAUGACAGAACCUUAACGAGCAAAACGGAAGAAAACGAAGAAAAAACUGAUACGGAAGCGAACGUAAAAGCGGACGGAGAUGGAGAUGGAGAUGGAGACAAAGACGGAGACGGAGAUGAAAACGUCUCCGAUAGAGGAAAGGACGCCGUAGAUAGCGCCAUGAUUGAAUCGGAAAUAGUACCCGAAGCCGAAUUGGGAGCAGAGGUUGAGGUGGAAUCGGAACAAGAACGAGAGGUACGCGCCGCAAAUGUCGCAGAUGAGAAGGCGGAUGGAACUAACAAAGAAGAGAGCUUACUUGAUUUGGUCGACGAGACUCUCCUGGAUGAGCUGGUGCUGGAGGAAUCGGUGACGGAGGAACAGCAGAAGGAUGAAAUCGAUGAAAUAAUGGAUCUGGGUGCGUCCCUGAAUGUGGUUGAUGGCAGCGCAGCACCAACGCUGACGACCGAGGACGAGGAGGAUAUACUGGAAAUCCAGGCCUCGUUGGAGGAUGUGCGUCAGCUGCAUACGCCCACAUCGAGUCCGCACAGGAGCGGCGUGACGGUACCCCACCAACGAUCAUCACUACGCAUCGACUCUGGCGACUCGGAGACCAGUUUCAAAUCCAUGAGCGCAGCGACCGAUACCUCUAUCAACCAGGAUCUCGUCGUGACACCCCCUCGUCCAUCGGCAGCUGCCCCAUCGCCCACAUUGCCAGAUGAGCUAAUAUCCACGCAUCAUUGCAGCAUAAACAGCAUUGAUACGACGACCAGGGGGGUUGCCUCGCCGAUACCAGAUUCAUUCUUCACCAUUGAGCCCGAGCGCACGUCCGAGGACGACGAUCUUGGUCAGCUAGUGGAGACCGACUUUAAUCUGAGCUCCAGCCGACAUGCCAUCUCCCGGGGAACCCUGGACGACAUCAUGACUGCAUUAGACUCUUAAGAGGGUCUAAGAAGGACACUCAAAAUUCAUCACACCAUACAAAUAGAAUUUCUCAAACACAUUCACAAACACACACACGCACACACACACGCACACACACACAAACCCACUGAUCCUCUUCUCACUUCACUGAAGAAUUGGCGACAGCGGCAUUGGCCCCCACAUGAGUGUUUGUUUUUUUUUGUUCUUAGCUGAAAGUUUGUUAAUUAAUUUUCUCUAUUUUCUAUUGUUAAUAGCUAGAUAUGAAUUAUCGAUUUCCUUUCGGAUUCCGAUUUUUGUUUUAUUUAAUUUUUUUUAAAUUGGGUCUCAAAAAUAAACAUUUACAUUUCCUCCCAGUUGAUAAGGAAUAAAUUAUCUUUGUGGGCUAAAUUUUAUUUUCGGUUGAUGUAAAAAGAAAAACUUCUCGAUAAUUAUUCAAGUUUCUGUUGUCUCAGUUUCAAGUUUGGCAAAAUAUUUGAAUUGUCUUUUGAUAAAUUAAUGGGCCUGUCCAGGGCGUCGGAUUUCGAAUCGGGUGUAUUUCGAGAAUCACUUCCAUAUCCCAUGCAUACAUAUAAAUGUCCAUCCCAUACCCAUACCCCACUCUCCCAUGUUUUUACUUCUUAUUUUUUUUGGUAAUUGUAAGUAUAAUAGCUGUAUAGUUGCCCCAAGGAAAUUAAGGGCUGAAAGGCAUUGGGGAAGUUGCGACUCUAGUCGGAUAAGCACACACACACACAGAAGCAAACAAACACACACACACACACAAAUCUAUUCUUAAGGGGACUUACGUUAAGAAAUGGAGGAGCAAAAAUCACGACAUUCGCAGCACAGAAUGUCAUUAUGUUAUGUAAACACAAUAUGCGCAAUGUUUAAGUUGCUUAAACAUAAUGUUAUAUAUAUAUAAAUAAAUAUGUAUGUGUAUGUAUUAAUUAUAUUCUAUGGAUAAUA